AUGCCUUCGGCCAUCACCACCGUGUUUUCCACCCACGAACUGUUGGAAAGCAUCCUACUUCAGGUGGACUUGCGCACGCUACUCACUUCGGCCCAACGCGUCAACCGCACCUGGCAUGACUUGAUUCGCAGCUCGCUGCCGCUGCAGCGGACGCUGUUCUUCGCCCCGCAAGAUGACAUCCAGAAAAACACCGAGUACACAUACAAUCCUCUCUUAACGAACGCUUUCCCCACCUUCUUCCAGUCAUUCCCAGGCCCCGCUGCGGGGAGACCCAAAAAGCUCAACCUCAACAGCCUCGAGAUGGUGCUCCGCCCAGACAAGCAGACGGCCUACCUCCGGGCGGAGGCUAGUUGGCGAACGAUGCUCACGCGGCAACCACCGGUGCGAAGUCUACUAGCAGUGCGGGUGACGUCGAGCAUGGCGGGCGACAAGGAAGAGAUGGAGUGGCUAGAGGUCCCCGAGGGGGAGCUACGGAUGGGACGGGUGUUCGAGCUGGUGAUGUCGCGCAAGGUGGUCUCGUUUCAGCCCAUCACGCACAUUCAUCUUUUCUGGAACCCGGGGGCGGAGAUGAGGGCUUUUCAGGGAUCGUAUAUGCGGGUGGGUGACGAGUUACGGCGGGCAAUGGUCGAGGCGGAUGCGUUGCUGUACACGUACCACGUCGUGCAGUGUUCGGUGAGGUGGGAGGAUACGGCGGAGAUGACGUUGCAGAGUGAUCUGGCGAGGGGGUAUGGGAAGAUUGAUCUUUGA